GUUUGAUUGUGAACUCAUCUUGUGCUCAAAAAUUUUCUCCUCUUAAAAAAUUUAUUUUUUUGUGAGAAAAAAGUGCGUUAAAGUAAUUAAAAAGAGUGAAAAGGAGUGUUUAAAUAUUGACUGAGUGUUGUGGUGUGGCACGCCUAAAUCACCAAGAUGAGUUACAUGCCAGCGCAAAAUCGUACAAUGUCGCAUAACAACCAAUAUAAUCCCCCUGACCUUCCGCCGAUGGUCUCAUCCAAGGAGCAGACGUUAAUGUGGCAGCAGAAUUCGUACCUCGGCGAUUCUGGUAUUCAUUCCGGUGCAGUUACACAAGUGCCGUCAUUGUCGGGCAAAGAGGAUGAGGAAAUGGAGGGCGAUCCACUUAUGUUCGAUUUGGAUACAGGAUUUCCACAGAAUUUUACACAGGAUCAAGUGGAUGAUAUGAAUCAACAAUUGAGCCAGACGCGUUCACAACGCGUACGUGCCGCAAUGUUCCCUGAGACUUUGGAAGAGGGCAUAGAAAUACCUUCGACUCAGUUCGAUCCACAACAACCAACUGCUGUGCAGCGUUUAUCAGAACCAUCACAAAUGCUAAAACAUGCCGUAGUAAAUCUGAUCAACUACCAAGAUGAUGCUGAGUUGGCCACACGUGCCAUACCCGAAUUGAUAAAGUUGUUGAACGAUGAAGAUCAGGUGGUUGUUUCGCAGGCCGCCAUGAUGGUCCAUCAACUGUCAAAGAAGGAGGCUUCUCGCCAUGCAAUAAUGAACAGUCCCCAAAUGGUGGCUGCUCUUGUGCGCGCCAUUUCCAAUAGUAACGACUUGGAGAGCACUAAGGCUGCAGUAGGCACUCUACAUAAUUUGUCACAUCAUCGCCAGGGCCUGUUGGCAAUUUUCAAAAGCGGUGGCAUUCCAGCUUUGGUGAAGUUGCUCUCUUCACCCGUUGAAAGUGUGUUAUUUUAUGCCAUAACCACAUUGCAUAAUUUGCUGUUGCAUCAAGAUGGUUCGAAAAUGGCUGUACGCCUGGCAGGUGGCCUCCAGAAAAUGGUCACCUUGUUGCAACGCAAUAAUGUCAAAUUUUUGGCCAUCGUUACUGACUGCCUACAGAUUUUGGCCUAUGGAAAUCAAGAGAGUAAAUUGAUAAUACUGGCUUCGGGUGGUCCCAAUGAAUUGGUACGAAUAAUGCGCUCAUAUGACUAUGAGAAGUUGCUUUGGACUACUUCGCGUGUGCUGAAGGUGCUCUCGGUAUGCUCCAGCAAUAAGCCAGCCAUUGUUGAUGCUGGCGGCAUGCAAGCUUUGGCUAUGCAUUUGGCCAAUCCCUCUCCACGUCUGGUGCAGAAUUGUUUGUGGACAUUACGCAAUCUUUCGGACGCUGCUACCAAGGUUGAUGGUCUCGAACCAUUACUGCAAUCCUUAGUCCAAGUAUUAGCUUCAACAGACGUUAACGUCGUAACCUGUGCUGCUGGCAUUCUCUCGAAUUUAACUUGCAACAAUCAACGCAACAAAGCCACUGUUUGCCAAGUUGGUGGCGUCGAUGCACUUGUACGCACUAUCAUAAACGCCGGUGAUCGCGAAGAGAUUACCGAACCCGCAGUGUGCGCACUGCGCCACUUGACUUCACGUCACGUUGACUCGGAAUCUGCACAAAAUGCUGUGCGUCUCAACUAUGGGUUGUCGGUGAUUGUAAAGCUUUUACAUCCUCCAUCACGUUGGCCGCUAAUCAAGGCCGUCAUUGGUUUGAUACGCAACUUGGCCUUGUGUUCGGCCAAUCAUGCACCACUGCGUGAACAUGGUGCCAUACAUAAUUUGGUGCGUCUGCUGAUGCGUGCAUUCCAGGACACCGAACGUCAACGUUCUUCUGUUGCCACAACCGGAUCUCAACAGCCAUCUGCUUACGCCGACGGCGUACGUAUGGAAGAGAUUGUCGAAGGCACUGUUGGUGCUCUACAUAUAUUAGCACGUGAAUCACACAAUCGCGCUUUGAUUCGCCAACAAUCAGUUAUACCAAUAUUUGUACGCCUACUUUUCAACGAAAUCGAAAAUAUACAGCGCGUUGCCGCUGGAGUACUUUGUGAGUUGGCCGCCGAUAAAGAGGGCGCCGAAAUGAUCGAGCAAGAGGGUGCCACUGGUCCGCUGACCGAUCUAUUGCACUCGCGCAACGAAGGUGUUGCAACGUAUGCAGCAGCUGUACUCUUUCGUAUGAGUGAAGACAAGCCGCAAGAUUAUAAGAAACGUCUUUCUAUUGAAUUAACUAAUUCAUUGUUGCGAGAAGACAACAACAUGUGGGGCAAUGCCGAUCUAGGCAUGGGUCCGGAUUUACAGGAUAUGCUUGGACCCGAACAAGCAUAUGAGGGUUUAUAUGGGCAAGGCCCGCCGAGUGUACACAGCUCACAUGGAGGUCGAGCAUUCCAACAAGGAUAUGAUACUUUACCAAUAGAUUCGAUGCAAGGCUUGGAGAUUAGCAGCCCAGUUGGAGGCGGUGGCGGCGGUGGCAACAGUGUACCACCAAGUGGCGCACCAACGUCGCCAUAUUCAAUGGAUAUGGAUGUAGGUGAGAUCGACGCUGGGGCCUUGAACUUUGACUUGGAUGCAAUGCCGACACCACCAAAUGACAACAACAACUUGGCCGCUUGGUAUGACACUGACUGUUAGACUGAGUAGGUGGUGAAAGGAAAUACUUACAAAAAACAAAAACAAAAAAACACAACAACAAAAAAAAAUCAUUCAUUAUCAACAACAACACAUGUAUGAGAACAUUUAUUUAUGUAAGAUAUGCUACAUAUACAACAACAAUUUGUGGCAUAAGCAAUUGUGCCGGAUUAUCAAAUAUAUCUACAUAUAUUAAUAAUUCGUGUCUAACUGUGUCAAAAGUAAACAAAAACAAAAAAAAAGCAAUUAUACAAAACUUGUUACGAAUUAAAAAUAAAUCUUAAGAGAGAGCUUGGCGUUCGAUUAGCGUAGGCGGCCGCAAAAUGAUAAGAAACAAAAUAUCAAACAAAAAAUAUUUUUAAAAACAAAAUUCUUUAACACAGCGCAUUUUUAGCAACAACAAAAAAAUCAAAUAUUUUGUGUUCUCGUUCGAUCAUGAGUUUUAUCCUUUAUUUACGAUAGUAUUAAGUUUUUUCCUUUUACAUAUUUACCUAUUUACAUUUUAUAAAUUUAACUUUUUAUUAAAUCACACAUUUCUCCGCAUAGAAAAGAGCCUGCCUGCAUUUCUUAUUUUUACGUAAACUAAAUAUGGUGAUUUUGAACAGGGUAAACUUCAUUUUUAUGAUAGAUCGGUAAGAUUUAAAAUUGAAAAAUAUACGAAAAAUUACGAAAAAUACAAAUAUUAAAAGAACUCAUUCACAAGUCCUGCAAAAAAUGCAGUAAGACAAUUACAAAAGAGCAUCCAAACUUAAGUCUAAAAUUUAAAGUACUAUACAAAAACAAAAAGUCAAAUCAAGGCACACAAAUUUGAAAAAAAUAAACUACAUAUUCAAAAGUAAACACUAUAAAGCUAAAGCUGGUUAAAAAGAAAUCUAUGCAUUUCAUCUCAGCCACAAACUGUGCGAAAUAAUGGCAAGCAUACUUGUCAUACAAAUCAUAAAUCUGCGUAUGGAUGCCUUCAUCAUACGCGGUGUUUUUUCAUGCAAACAUACACAUCAUAAUUAAGUAAUAAGUGCAACAUAAUGCGCGAUUUGAAUAAAAAUGUGAAAGCUUUCACAUUUUAUUGAA